UUGAUACUUGAUAGACAUCGCAGGCAGCCUUUCUUUCGAAAUCAAAGCACGCAGUCACAGACCCACAGACAUACUAGUCCACAAACCACAGCAUAGUUUUAAAUUCUCCUCUAUACAUCAUCUGAUAGUGAUAAUCAUCACUGCAAAAGUGGAACCGUGGAAGAUCACCAUCCAUAAUUUAAAUGCCUGUAUCAUAUCGUUUAACCUUUUCUUCUUAUCUACCAUCUUCUUUAACAAGUACCCAGAAAACCCAAUUCACAUUUAAACAUGUAAAACACAGUUUCCUCUUCUUCUCUCCUCCUAAAACUUACCCCAUCUUUAUUUCUCUCUCCAAAAUCAACUGUAUUAGGUCUUCAAUUAUGGAGGAUUUUGCCCAAUUCAACCCCACAAUUUUUGAGUCAACCAAAGAUAAUUAUUCCAAUGAAUUGGAUGUUGCUGUUAAAGCUGUUCAAAUGGCUUGUUCUUUGUGUCAAAGGGUGCAAAAGAGUUUGCUUUCUAAGUCUACUUCUCUUGUUCAAUCUAAGGAUGACAAUUCUCUUGUCACAAUUGCAGAUUGGAGUGUCCAAGCUACUGUCAGCUGGGUACUAACUGAAUCGUUUGGCAGUAAUAAUGUCUCGAUUGUAGCGGAAGAAGAUGUUGAAACUCUCUCAAAGCCUGAGGCAAGUGGCCUCUUGGAAUCUGUAGUACAAACUGUUAAUGAGUGUUUAUCUGAAGCACCUCAAUUUGGAAUUAAAGGUCCAAUAAUACCCCUAAAGAAAGCAGAAGUUCUUGAGGCAAUUAGGCAAUGCAAUUUCAAUGGUGGUCCUAGUGGUAGAUUUUGGGUAUUGGAUCCUGUUGAUGGCACACUAGGUUUUGUACGAGGAGACCAAUAUGCUGUUGCUCUAGCAUUGGUUGAGGACGGAGAAGUUGUGCUUGGAGUCUUAGGUUGCCCUAAUUACCCGCUAAGGAAGGAGUGGCUAUCGUAUCACCAUCGUUACUAUAGGAUCAUAUCCAAGCUAACCCCACCAACUUCUAUAUCUUGGGAUAAAGGUUUUGUAUUAUAUGCUAAAAAAGGUAGUGGUAAAGCUUGGAUGCAGCCAUUAAUUCCAUCAAAUAACUUGGUUUGGUUAAAAUCUCCCAGACCUGUUUAUGUGUCUUCCAUUGAAGAUCCUGGCCAGGCUACUUUCUGUGAGCCUGUUGAAAGGGCAAAUUCAAGUCAUUCUUUCACCGCCGGACUUGCUCACAGCGUCGGAGUUAGGAAGGAACCAUUACGUGUGUACAGCAUGGUCAAGUAUGCUGCCGUAGCUCGUGGGGAUGCAGAGAUAUUCAUGAAGUUUGCACGGUCUGGCUAUAAGGAGAAGAUAUGGGAUCAUGCAGCUGGCACUGUUAUCAUACAGGAGGCAGGCGGUGUGGUGACAGAUGCAGGAGGGAAUCCCUUAGACUUCUCGAAUGGUAUUUAUUUAGAAGGUCUAGACCGUGGUAUAAUUGCUUGUGCUGGUGUCCAACUGCAUGAGAAAAUUGUCCGAGCUGUGGAUGCUAGUUGGGAUUCCUCGUGUUUGUGACUUACCAAGCAACAGAGACCAAAAGAAGUCUGGAACUUUUUGCUGGGGUAACAACAAUAAUGGUCAGUUCCAUCUUCCAAGGAGUGUUAUGAAUUGACGAACAACAUGCACUUGCACUUCCCAGGUUGCAGAAUGCAGAUGCUGUUACAUCGUCACUUGUACGUAAUUUAAAUUCUAUGCAGUAUUGUUUGCUGCUCUCAACGGGUGAAAUAUAUUGCGCAAUAUGCUUUAAAUUAAAGAUUUGCUUGUGAUUUUGCUCUAACUAUUACACUAUUACUCUCUUCUCUUCGGCUUGUAAAAUGACCAUCUCUCAUUACUAUAUUCAUAUCAACAUAAUUCUUUUUUAGAGAACUAACAUAAUGCAAGUUUUCUUUUUCUUCCUGA